CGAGAACUCGUCAACCGGGUGUUUACUGUCGGUCAGCUUGGUUUGUUUUGCUUUCUUCUAUUGCUUUAUUUUCCUCAUUUUCCGCACAUUUCACGAGAAAAGCCGCCGAUCAAGCAGUAUUACCAGCAUCUUCUUGUGGAAGUUCUUCCGCCUGGCGCAUUCGGCAUGGAGCCCAUGGACAUUUACAGUGUGGAAUCGAAGCUGAGCGAUGUCACCGUGACGCCCAUUCCGAUGGUGAGGCCGUCUCAGCAGCCGCAGAGUCACUUCCAACCACAAAUCAGCCACGGUCAGUUUUCCGGGCCCUCGGUGGCGUCCAUCUCGGCCAUCACGCCCAACUCCACGUCCUCCAACAGCACGAGCGGCCUGUCGAAGUACGCACAGCUACUGGCCGUGAUCGAGGAGAUGGGCAGGGACAUCCGGCCUUCCUACUCAGGCAGUCGCUCGUCAGCGGAGCGCCUCAAGCGAAUCAUCGUGCACGCGCGAAUUCUUGUCCGGGAGUGUCUCCUGGAGACAGAGAGGUCAGCGCGCAACUGAGUGCCGCACGUCCUGAGGGUUUUGAGUAAGUAAUAAAGCGUCCGUGA